AUGAAUAGCAACAAUUAUCAAUUUAGCAAUAAUGGAUCACAAAACAAUAAUUUUCAAUAUCAAAAUAUGAAUAACAAUUACGGUGCGUAUCAAGUGCAACAACCAAUGCAACAACCAAUACAACAACCAAUACAACAACAAAUCCAACAACAAAUCCAACAACCAAUACAACAACAAGUGCAACAACAAAUCCAACAACAAAUCCAACAACAAAUCCAACAACAAAAUCAACAACAAAUCCAACAACAAAUGCAACAACAAAUGCAACACCCAAUGCAACAGCAAAUGCAACAACCAAAUCAACAACAAAUGCAACAACAAAUGCAACAACAAAUGCAACAGCAAAUGCAACACCCAAUGCAACAACAAAUGCAACAACCAAAUCAACAACAAAUGCAACAACCAAUCCAACAACCAAUCCAACAGCCAAAUCAACAACAAAUGCAAAUGCAAAUGCAAAUGCAACCAAUACAAUUUAACAACCAAAAUACUCAAGAAUCACCACCCAUUAGUAUUCAUGAUAAAAAUCUCGGUUGGUUAUUGUAUUUUUUAAAAUAUCUUAUCCCAGCAUCAAUUUUAAAUAUUCUCCUUAUCAUUGCAAGCUUUUGGCUUUUUAAAAAUCUUUUCAAAUCCUCAAACAAUAAUAAUGGCUAUUCUCUAUUGGAUAAUAAUAAUCAAUAUGAUCAAAUUAAUAAUAAUAAUUAUAAUAACUAUAACUAUAACAAUCAAACAGUAAAUAACCAAAAUCAAAGUUUUGCUGAAAAACAAUAUAUGCAUCACUUAGGCCAGUAUGUAAAUCAAUUAGAUGAUAAUAAACAACCUCCACAACUUCAAGAAACAAUCGAAAGUUUAGAAGACUAUUUGACCAAACUCAAAGCUUAUCAAACAAAAAUUAAUGUAAAUAGCAGUAGUAGUGAAAAUAACUUAGAGGGGGAAAAUCAAACAUUGGCUCCAAACAAUGAAUCCGACACAUCACUUACAUUAUUUUUAUCAGCUUUACCAAUUAUCAGCUUUUUAAUUCAUAUCCUUUGUCUUGUUUUGGGUUUUUCUAUUGAGAUCACUAACAUUAGUCAUAUUGGGGAUGUUAAUGUCUACUUAUUAAAAAAAUCACCAGCCAGAAAAGAUUCAUUAGAAGAUCACAUAUCUUAUGAAUCUGUCAGCAUAUUUGGUUUAAAAAAAUUCCUAACAAAAGAAGGUUACCCAUUACUAGUUGAAAGUGAAGAAAAUGGUGAUUUAAAAGAAAAUGAACAAUCACUUUCUGAAUAUAUUGAUCAAUUAGAAGGUUCUCUUGAAUCAUUAACAAAAUAUCAAUUAGAAAAUAAAUGUACUGUAACCACUAAUAACAAAAAUCAAAUCAAUAUUCAAAAUUUACCAAGUAACCUAGAUACUCAAAACAAUAAUACAAAUUACAUCAACACCAUCAAUAAGAAUCACAGUAUUAUGAAUAAUAAUUAUAAUAUUAACAAUAACAAUAUUAAUAAUAAUAGUAAUAAUAAUAUUAAUGUUAAUACCAAUAAUUUAAAAGACAAUAAUCAUAUGAAUAAUUAUAAUAUGAAUAUUAUGAAUAAUUAUAAUAAUAAUAACAAUAAUAACAAUAAUUAUAAUAAUAAUAACAAUAAUUAUAAUAAUAAUAACAAUAAUUAUAAUAAUUAUAAUAUGAAUAAUAAUUAUAAUAUGAAUAAUUAUAAUAUGAAUAAUAAUAAUAACAAUAAUAUGAAUAAUAUGAACCACAAUUUAAAUAUUAUAAACAAUAACAAUAUGAAUAAUAAUACUAUGAACAAUAAUAUUAGUAAUAAUAAUAUGAAAAAUAAUAUGAACAAUAUUAAUAUGAACAAUAAUAUGAACAAUACUAUGAACAAUAAUAUUAAUAAUAAUAUGAACAUGGAUAAUAUCAAAAAAAACAAUAAUAAUAAUAAUAAUAUAAUAAAUCAAGAACCACCAUCUGAAAUAGAACCAGAAAUUUCUGAUUAA